GGAACAGCGGCUACUGUCCGCCCAUCCGUUCAUAUGGAUGAACAGAAGAUAGCGAACAGGGCGGGCGGGUCUGUGAGUCGGCGUCGGGGAGCGCGCGCCGUGGGGAGAAGCAGGGGCGAUCGGAUUGGCGUCGUCAGUUGGCAGACCCAAUCUAGAAUCGCAAGCGACCGGUGCCCCAUCCCCGCUUAAAUACACUCCCUCUCCCCUCCUCAAGUACUCGCACCCGCCUUGCUGUCGAGCCACCAUCCUCUACUCACCCGUUCAGGCAUCCACCACGCCAUGUCCGCCCUCACCGCGCAGCUUCACGAGAAGGCGCCUCGCACAAGAGGCGUGUCUGCCAUGCACUUCAAGAGCGCGACCACCGGUGUCGCAACCAAGAACAUGCGAAAUGAGCUUAACAGGCUCGUCAACUCCGUCUCCGACCCCGAAACCAAGAAGGCUUUCGAUACCGAGAUGCAGUCAUUCUUCUAUCUGUUCACCCGCUACCUCGCCGAGAAGGCCCAGAGCAAGGAGCUCGACUGGGACCGUAUCAAGUCUCCCGCCGCGGACCAGAUCGUCCCGUAUGACGACCUGCCCACGAAGAGCGAUGCACAUGCCCUUAACAAACUCGCCGUGCUCAAGGUCAACGGUGGUCUCGGUACUUCUAUGGGUAUGACGGGCGCGAAGAGUGCGCUCGAGGUCAAGGACGACAUGACCUUCCUCGACCUUACCGUCCGCCAGAUUGAGCACCUGAACACGACGCACCGCGUGGACGUGCCGCUCAUUCUCAUGACGUCAUUCAACACCCAUGAGGACACGCUCCGUAUCAUCAAGAAGUACGCCAACCAGCAGCUGCGCAUCACCACCUUCAACCAGUCGCGCUACCCCCGCAUCGACAAGGAGACGCUGCUCCCGUUGCCGGGGUCCGCGACGGACAACAAGUCCAAGUGGUACCCGCCCGGUCACGGCGAUCUCUACAAUGCGUUGAUGCACUCUGGCGUCCUUGACCAGCUUCUGGCGGAGGGCAAGGAGUACCUGUUCGUGUCGAACUCGGACAACUUGGGUGCCGUUGUCGACCAGAGGAUUCUCCAGCACAUGGUUGACGCCAAGGCGGAAUUCAUCAUGGAGGUCACGGACAAGACCAAGGCCGAUGUUAAGGGUGGUACCCUUAUUGACUACGAGGGCAACGUGCAGCUCCUCGAGAUUGCCCAGGUCCCUUCUGAGCACACCGAGGAGUUCAAGUCGAUCCGCAAGUUCAAGAUCUUCAACACGAACAACUUGUGGGUCAACCUCAAGGCGCUCAAGCGCGUCAUGGAGAACGAGGGCAUGGAGCUCGAGAUCAUCGUCAACCCGAAGGUGACCGAGGACGGCGCGUCUGUUGUGCAGCUCGAGACCGCCGCGGGCGCGGCCAUCCGCCACUUCAAGAACGCGCGCGGCAUCAACGUCCCGCGGAACCGCUUCCUGCCCGUGAAGAGCUGCUCGGACCUGCUGCUCAUCAAGAGCGACAUCUACUCGCUCGAGCACGGCCAGCUGGUCAUCAACCCGAACAGGAUGUUUGGGACGACACCGGUGAUCAAGCUUGGGGACCACUUCAAGAAGAUCGCGCAGUUCCAGAAGCGCUUCAAGAAGAUCCCCAAGAUCAUCGAGCUCGACCAUUUGACGGUUACGGGCGAUGUGUACUUCGGGCGCAAUGUUACGCUGCGCGGCACUGUCAUCGUCGUCGCGAACGAGGGCCAACGUAUUGAUAUCCCCGACGGUUGCGUGCUUGAGAACAGGCUGCUCUCUGGUAACCUGACCAUGACCGAGCUCUGAGGCUGAGCUCGUAUACCCACCCUUGAUACCCUCGACUCGCCGCAUACGCUCACGUUACUGACGCUACCCCUUUUGAAUACACAAACUGAACCGCAAGGACUGUACCACCCAUCUCGUAGACGACUUACACACGCCCGUACUGACCCCCAUCCUACUUACGCGCAUCUCAUCUUCAUUUCUU